AUCUGUUCGUCAUUUACACUGCUUGGGUACAUUGGGUCGGACUAUACUACACCUUAAUAUCACUAAUAGCAUUUCAACACCUCUGCAUCCUCCCAUCCAUCCUCCCAUUCCUCCCAUCCCAGCCAAGGACCAAACCCCCCACCAUAUUCCAUCAUACACACAUAGUCGUCAUACGCCUUGCGCUUGACACGCAUCGAUUUAUCAGCAGAGCGCAGGAAGAAGGACAGAGAAAAGGACACUGGUCUGUUAUUGGGUCAUAUCGACAAUAGGGCGCAACGCAUUCGGGAAUUGGGAUAUUCUUUUCCUGCUCACUGACACCAACUUCCGACGCUCAAGCGUCCGUCAUUGGCUGGAUUUUCCGCCUCGCACUUAUAGCGAUUCCUACAAGACCUCACCAUCUCCUCACAUCGAGCUGAGCGAGCAAACAGUCUACACACUCUCUCCCUCGCCCUCACAAUGUCAGACUCGCGCGGUCCUGGUCGGCCCAAGGCCAAAGCGGCUGCGGCCAGCAACAAGCCCGUCCAGGUCGAGAUCAAGAUGGAGCAGCACUUCACCUCGCGCAUCUACACAUCAGGCUCGACCGUCCGCGGCAACGCCGUCAUCCACUGCCAGAAGGACACCCCCUUUGACAACAUUGACAUCGUCUUCACCGGCACCGCCGCCACCCGCCUCGACUUUGUCCAGUCGUACACGACAAAUGCCGUCCGCACGUUCAUGAAGCUGCGCAUGCCCAUCCCCGACGAUGACAUGCCCUCUCCCCGCAUCUGCAAGGCUGGCGAGACCUACACCAUCCCCUUCCACUUUGUCGUGCCACACCAGCUCACCAUGGGCGCCUGCAAGCACGCCUCCGCCGCGCCCGCCGUUCAGGACCAGCAUCUGCGCAUGCCCCCGACCGUCGGCUACUGGGACGGCGACGACCAGGCCCCCGACAUGACGCACAUUGAGUACGCCGUCCGCGCCAAGGUCAUCGGGGCCAGAACCGCCCCCGACAGCCCCAAGGCCCUCUUCGAGGGCAAGAAGAUCCUCAAGGUCCUCCCCGCCAGCCCAGAGGAGCCCCCGCUCGACAUCACCAAGGUCGACGAGCGCUACUGCCUGUCCAAGACCAAGACCUUCCGCAAGAACCUGCUUGGCGCCAAGGCCGGCGACCUCACGGCCACAACCUCCCAGCCCAGCGCCGCCAUGCUUCACGGUGACGGCUUCGGCGCCCGCGGUACCACCGCCACCGUCAACCUCGAGUUCGCGCCCACCUCGUCCGACGCGGCGCCCCCCAAGAUCAACUCGGUCCAGGGCAAGCUCCUCUCCACCACCUUCUUUGGCAGCGCCAGCUCCGACACCCUGCCCAAUCUCGGGCCCAAGACUAUGUACACCCACCACCAGGUCCUCACCUACUCGGCCACUGCCAGCCUCUUCCACACGCGUCCGGACAAGAUCAACUGGGUCCAGCGCCCCGCCCCCAUGGUCCGCCGCGACUCGGGCUACGAGACGGCCGGCAGCCCCGCCGAGAUGACCGACGAGGAGGCUGAGGCGACGGCCGCAGCACCACGCGGACGCAACAGCCGUCGCGGCAGCAAGGACCACACCAACAAGAAGGCCAAGUCCGUCGCCCCGGCCGUCCGCCACCGCGCCACCGUCUCGCUGCCCGUCGAGAUCCCCAUCUCCAACAAGCGCAUGUUCCUGCCCACCUUUCACAACUGCAUCAUGUCCCGCACCUACGCCCUGCAGCUCGUCCUCUCCGUCGGGCCCUCCAACACCACCAUGACCCUCCACGUGCCCCUCCAGCUCGGCGUCGAGACCCUCUACGACCCAGAAACCUUUGAGGAGCUGCCCUCGUUCGACGCCGCCAUGGAGCAGGCCCAGCGCGAGGAGGCGGAGGACUACCUGACCCCGCGGAUCAUGCAGGCCGCCCGGCCGCCGCAGAUGAGCGUGCUGCCUGGAUACCAGGAGGCCACGCAGUCAGUGGCUGUGGCGUAAUUUGUCGCGUCUACACUGUUUUCAUGGAUCGUUUUGUUCAUUCUGGCGUUUUUACGAUUGCUCGUCUCUUGACUGGAUCAGGCCACACUUGUUCAAGUUUGCACGGCGUUCUCGAGGGGAUUGUCGUGGAUGGGUUUCUUCCCCUCUUAUGAGCAUUGUUUGGAUAUUUCUCUACUCUUGGCCCUUUUGGCGUUGGAUUCUAGACGGAAGGAUUUAUUUGGCUCCUUUCUUUCGUACUCAUGAUACCAGGUCAUCGGGACCAAGCGACUUUCAUUGAACUGCGUUUCUAGAUAGACAUACACAGACACAGACAGACACGCUUGUCUUUAUUAUUAUUACUAUUAUUAUCAUCAUCACAUUUAAUAAGAAUCUAGGCGCAAAUCUACUCGA